AGACAUGGAUUCAGAUGCGAUCAGCAGACACUCCGUGUUACACGCCAAGCCUGUUGGACUGACCCUUCAGUAUGGGACUGCGGGAUUCCGGACCAAGGCAGAACAUCUUGAUCACGUGAUGUUCCGCAUGGGCUUAUUAGCUGUCCUGAGGUCCAAACAGACCACGUCCACGAUUGGCGUCAUGGUGACAGCGUCACACAAUCCUGAGGAAGACAAUGGUGUAAAAUUGAUCGAUCCUCUGGGUGAGAUGUUGGCCCCUGCCUGGGAGGAACACGCCACUUGUUUGGCCAACGCUGAGGAACAGGAUGUGGUGAGAGUGCUGGUGGACAUCAGCGAGAAGGAAGCCGUUAGUCUGCAGCAAGAGGCCUUCGUAGUCAUCGGUAGAGACACCAGGUCCAGCAGUCAGAGACUUGCACAGUCUGUAAUUGAUGGUGUGACGGUCUUAGGAGGUCAAUUCCAUGAUUAUGGCUUGGUAACAACACCACAGCUGCACUACAUGGUGUGCUGUCGAAACACUGAUGGCCAGUAUGGAAAGGCAACCGUAGAAGGCUAUUAUCAGAAACUCUCCACGGCCUUUGUGCAACUUACCAAACAGGCUUCCUGCAGCAGAGAGGAUUGCCAGUCACUCAAGAUCGAUUGUGCCAAUGGCAUUGGGGCCCUGAAGCUAAAAGAAAUGCAGCACUGCUUUGCCCAGGGGCUGUUGGUUCAGCUCUUCAAUGAUGGGACCAAAGGGAAACUCAAUCAUUUAUGUGGGGCUGACUUUGUGAAAAGUCAUCAGAAACCUCCACAGGGAAUGGACAUGAAGCCCAAUGAGAGAUGCUGUUCCUUUGACGGAGAUGCAGACAGAAUUGUUUAUUACUACCUUGGUGCAGAUGGUCAUUUUCAUCUCAUAGAUGGAGAUAAGAUAGCAACGUUAAUUAGCACUUUCCUUAAAGAGCUCCUGUUGGAGAUUGGAGAAAAUUUGAAUCUUGGUGUUGUACAAACUGCAUAUGCAAAUGGAAGCUCAACACGAUAUCUUGAAGAAGUUAUGAAGGUACCCGUCUACUGCACUAAAACAGGUGUAAAACACUUGCACCACAAGGCUCAAGAGUUUGACAUUGGAGUUUAUUUUGAAGCAAAUGGACAUGGCACGGCACUGUUUAAGAAAGCUGUUGAAGCGAAGAUAAAACGACUAGCCAAAGAGUCGGAUGAUAAGAAACAAAAGGCUGCCAGGAUGCUUGAAAAUAUUAUUGACUUAUUCAACCAGGCAACGGGUGACGCUAUUUCUGACAUGCUGGUGAUUGAGGCCAUCUUGAUGCUGAAGGGCCUGAGUGUGCAACAGUGGGAUGCACUUUAUACCGAUCUUCCAAAUAGACAGCUCAAGGUUAAGGUUGCGGACAGGAGAGUUAUCAGCACCACAGAUGCUGAAAGACGAGCAGUCACACCCCCAGGACUGCAGGAGGCGAUUGAUGCCUUGGUGAACAAGUACCAGCUCUCACGGGCUUUUGUCCGGCCCUCUGGCACAGAAGAUGUGGUCCGGGUCUAUGCGGAAGCAGACUCACAAGAAAGCGCAGACAGCCUUGCUCAUGAAGUGAGCCUGGCAGUGUUUGAACUGGCUGGAGGCACUGGAGAAAGACCCCAACCACAUUUCUGAAGAUACUUUUAUAUUCCAAAGGAGCUGUAUUUUUUACAUUUUUAUAAAGCUGGCAUAAGGGCAGUACGGAGAUAUUUAUAAUCAGUGUUUACAAUGUCCCUAUUUGGAUCAUUUCUAGAUCUCCCUAUAUUUCUUAAACACUACAAGAAUAAUUUUAAUAAUAAUUACUACUUCUAAAGAAAUUUACCUUUGUUUCACCAAUAUGAAAUGUUGGGAUUUAUUAUGUGAUUUGAUGAUUAACUUCACGGUAUACCAAGUUAACAACUCAUGUAUGCUGCUGGAAAAUUAAAUGUUACCACCUCC